UGAAGACUCUGAGAGUCACUCUGGACUCGGAGUCGGACUCAAAAGGUUGUCACCAACGGCGUUGAGGACUCCUCGCGAUCAAUCGACGGGAAUCGUGACGACGACUCCAGUCACGCCCUAGUGCCCCCUAUACUGCUCCGAAGCAUGAAGAGAAAGGUCAAUUGUGACGACCCCACAUCUAACGAAGACGGACUAAUUGUCCAUAGCUCAACUCAGCACGAGAUCCUUCUGAAGGAAUUUGUGGGACGCGUCAAGUAUGAUGACCCUUCUGUCUUCAGGCGUCUUCGGAUUGACGAGGAAGACGACGCCGACAUUGAUCGCUGCCACGAGAAAUAUCAAGCGGAGCAGGAACAUCAGCUUCAUAGACUUCGCCAAGUCUCGACAAAUCUGAGCAAGGCGCUGCAAGAGGAGGACGACAUACCUGACUACGGCCCGUUCAAGGAGAGAUGGCACAGAAUGGUGGAGAAGGAUCACGAAGAGGAUAUGUGUGAACCGCUGGCAAAUAUCUUCGCAUUCCUACAAAGCAACAAUGACAACGCCGCGUUGCGCAGAUUUAAGUGCGCUGCUGAUAUGGCCAUGUUUCUGCCUUCAGAGCGUGCUGCCGAGGCCUAUUCUCCGAGCAUCUCUGGAUCCCGCCCGGAUUUCGCACUGGUUGAUAGAACCACAGACUGUCUAUCCUGGGAUAGCUGCGUUGGAUUUGCCAAGAUCGAGGUCAGAGAGGAGGAAAACGAUCCUCCCCAUGACGAAUCCUCGGUGAGGCUAGCAGUCCUCCAGUGUGCGAAUCACGCACGAUAUCAUAUGGCCUUGCGGCCGUUCUGGAUCUUCAGCGUCACACUGCUCAUCACAGGCACGGUCUUCCGGGUCAUGAUCGUGGACCGCGAUGGCGUUGUUCUCUCUCCCCUCCACAGCAUCUACGACGACAACAAGAGCCGCGAGCCCGGGCGUCCGCGCGACGCAAAGACCUUCGUCCGUGUUGUCCGCGCACUCACGCGGCGCCUGACGGACAGUCAACUGGGGCAAGAUCCGUCUGUGACGCCAGUGACUCGCGACGAGCUUAGCGGGUACAUGCAGGAGCCCUCUAUCCCUCCUUCCGUCCGAUCCGAAAUCCACCUUGAGGGCGGAGACUACUACGCGUCCUACCGCAUCAGCCGCUUCGGUAAAGACAGUGGGACGUGGUGUACGGUCGGGCCACCGAUCUGGGUCUCCCUGUCGCUCCUUGGACGGGGUACGGAGGUGUGGCGUGUGGUCGAGCUCUACCAGUCGAAGGGAAAGUGGGCUCUGAAGGGCGACAUUCACGUAUUGAAGUCCGCCUGGCGCAACCCUCUGAAAUUGGCCGAGACGGAUGUGUAUAAUCUGAUAACGGGGUUCAAGCGCGAGGCCGAUGACGCGGACAGGAGGACGCAGUCUGCGUCCGGAGCCGCUGAGCAGGACGAGAAGCCCACGUUCCCUGCGGGUAUCGCGACGCAUCGGUAUGGCAGCGAUGUGUUCUACUACAAAGAUCCUCAGACGUGGUCGAAGAUCACCACUGCGAACCUCCGAGGUGACGCCGACGAUCCGAACUGUCCUUCCAAGGCUCUCCAUCGCAUCAUACUCCCGAUGGUCGGACAGCCUCUUUGGAAGUACACUGAUGAGCUCCAGCUGCUCAACGCAUUUUACGCGAUCGUCGAAGCGCACCAGUAUCUGUGCGAGAAGGGAAUUCUUCACCGCGACAUCAGCGCCGGCAAUAUGCUCCUCUGGCCGGGUGGCGCCGCUGCGGGGUUUCUCUACGACUUUGACAUGGCCCACGUCGACCGUCUGUUGAUUGAUCACCUCACCAUUCACGAAGCUGUUGAUCCGGUCAAGAGAGGCGUCGAUUCCAGUGGGAAGGCGGUGAUGACAGAGGGUAGUGUCCGAUCAAGGGUUGAUUAUACGACAUCGAGACAACAAGGAGUGCCUGUGACGGGGACACUUCAGUUCAUGGCUUUGGAGUUGCUCCGAGCUGUUCAGGCUGGAACUCGAGUGCCGCGUCGGUCUUCAUACGAUCUUGAGUCGAUCGCGUAUGUCUUGGGUUACACGGUCUUGCGACGCCUUGUCAGUAUUCCGGGUUGUCCAGAAAGCCUCGACAAGGCCUUCGUGGAUCAUUUUGGCGGUGUGACAAUCACAGACAUUAUACAACAACGAAUUGCUGGACCACAGCCACUUGCCUGGAUGUAUCAUGGAGAUGAAGAGAGGAAGGUGUUCGUGAGGAAGCACCUGUCGAAGCCUCUUUCCAUGGUGAUCACAGCUUUGCAAGAGAAGUUGAAGAAGGCCCAUGAAGCCAAGGAUAGCAACGAAAAGGCAGAUCACUAUGCCCAGUAUGAUGAUGAGGACACUGCUCAGCUUGACGAGGAGCCCGUCACUCAUAUGUUCUUCCUGAACUCAGUGAAACAAGCUAUCGACAUACUGCAGCGGAAUCCAGCAAUGGUCAGGAGGUUCGACCCAGAUGUAAAUACUCUGAGGCCUCUGUCCACGACGUUGACCAAUAAAGUGAGCCCGUGACACAAGGAGACUGAUACAAUUUGACGACGUCCCGGAUACUAACUCGAACUGCGUCACGUCGGAAGGAUUACAUCACGCCUUGCUCGCGCAGUCUUU